AUGAAUGGCUACGGAUCGCCCUACCUCUACAUGGGGGGACCGGUGUCCCAGCCGAGAGCGCCCCUCCAGAGGACCCCCAAGUGUGCCCGCUGCAGGAACCACGGGGUGCUCUCCUGGCUGAAAGGGCACAAGCGUUACUGCCGUUUUAAGGACUGCAGUUGCGAGAAAUGUAUUCUGAUAAUCGAGCGACAGCGGGUCAUGGCGGCUCAGGUGGCGCUCAGGCGGCAGCAGGCGAACGAGAGUUUGGAGAGUUUGAUCCCCGAGUCUCUGAGAGCGCUGCCGGGCAUCACGGUGGGGAGCGGAGAGCAGAGUGCAAACCCACGAUCAAGCGGGAUAGACCAGCGCUGGAGCUCAGAGACAGUGACCCCUAAACCGUCGCAAGACCUAAAUGAGGACCUGUCUGGUGAGCAGUCAGGUGGAGAGAACGGAGGCAGUUCCAGUGACAGAGAACCAGAACCAGAACCAGCCAGCUCCCCUGAGGAGUGCAAACCUAACCUGUGUUGCACCCCUGACACCUCAGACCCAACUUCCCAGGUUGAGGAGUCCCACUUUGGCCUGUCUAAAUCCUGCACCGACCCAGAACCCAAAGCUGACAACCCCAAAUACUCCCCUGAGCCCAACAUCCUCAUCGAAGGCCUCUCAGGCUCUGUAUCUCUCCCUUUCAGCCUCAGAGCCAACCGACCUCCACUGGAGGUCCUGAAGAAGAUCUUCCCAGCCCACAAACCAGCAGUCCUGGAGCUCAUCCUGAAAGGCUGCGGUGGAGACCUGGUUGGAGCCAUCGAGAUCCUGCUCUCCAGCCGUUCUACGAUGAAACCAGAAAAGGUACUGUCUGAGAACUCAGAUACCCUGGUUCUCCCCUCAAACGGCCACCUCUUUGAGCACCCGCUGAGCUCGUACCCAUUGUCGUCUUCCAAGUGGUCGGUCGGUUCGGCCUUCCGUGUUCCAGAUUCCCUGCGCUUCUCCUCAGAGCCUUCUGCUGGAGUUGUACCAGGCCCUCUUAGCUUGCAGCUCCAGCACGGCUUCCCCCAGCCGCCUCGAUACCCCCUCAUGCUGAGAAAUUCAUUGAGCCGUGGCCAAGCUGGGCCCUUCGUGCACAACGAUGUGACUCUGUGGAAUACCAUGACAUUACAGCAGCAGUAUCAGCUGCGCUCACAGUACAUCCCUCCAUUCUCAGGCCCCUCAGCCGGAGUGAUCCGCAGCUCACCGCUCCUCACCAGCAGGCCCACCGAGGAACAUCGAAUCAGCAUCCAGGAGGAAAGCUGUCCUGUCAUUGUCAAACAGAGCAUGUAUGCUGCAGAUGAGGAGUAUGAUGAAAGAUCUGACUCCUCAGACUCCAGGAUCCUGAACACUUCUUCCUAA